AUACAGAGAAAAAAAGAGCGAGUUUCUUCCGACCUCAAGCCUCGUCUUCCGCCGCACUGUUUGCUCUCUCACAACAUUGAAUUUCAGAGAGAAAAUAUUAGAUCGAAACUAGUAAUUCUGCCAUUUUUGAGCUUCUGAUUAAAUCCAACGAUUUCUGAAGAUUAGGUAGCAGAAUCGAAGUCCAUUAUCGUUUUGUUGAAGCACUCCGGCGACGGAACUGCUACCGAACUGAUCUUCUGAAUUCCGGUGCGACUGCUCGCCGCUGGCCGACGUCCGACGGCGGCGGAGAAUUCUCGGUGGAAGUCUUUGGUAGAAGAGUCGCUUCCUCUGGAAUUUGAUGAUCGGGAGUGUUUUCCCCGAGAAACAAUCAGAAUUAUUCAGGAAUCACGUGAAAGCUGCCCGUACCUAAUGCAAGUGUAAGAAAAGAAAACCUAGCUCUGUCGUGGAAAGACUGUGAAACGCUUCGUUUUGGAGAUCUCCAGCAGCCGGAGGCAAAUCGGCUAUUAGGCUGCUUUCCAUGCCCGGUGUGGAUCUAAGAACUAAUUCCGGAAUUUUCUCGCUCUUUCUCGCUCUCGCCUACCAAAAUUCAACUCGACGAGCUCUGAAUUUCACAGAGCACCACCAUUUCCGAAGCGAUAUAAAUCUCUCCGUAAAAAAUUCCGCCACAAUUCACCUUCCAGCCGUGGACUGUCAAUUCCAAAAUUGGCGGAAAUUCCGAUGGAACUUCCUCAACCCCGUCAGUUUGGAGCCGAAGGAAGCAAAUCAACUCACGACUUCCUCUCACUGUACUCCCAUUCAAGUCCACAGCUAGAUCCAAGACCAUCCCCACAAGGUGGGUAUCUUAAAACACACAAUUUCCUGCAACCACAAGAGCGGAUAAGGAAGGGUAGUACGAAGGAAGAGACGGAUGUGGAGAGGCCGCCGCCACCGGCGCCACCACCUUCCUCCGUUGAGCAUCUCCUCCCCGGUGGGAUCGGGACUUACAGUAUAAGCCACGUAUCGUAUUUCGAUCAUCAGAGGGUUCUGCCGAAACCGGAAGGCUCGGUUUUUACUGGUGCUCGAUCGAGUAGUAGCACGGAGAGGAACGACGAGAACUCGAACGGCAGUUCUUUCGCAGCGGCCGGAUGUGGAUUCACGCUGUGGGAAGAAUGUGCUGCCAAAAAGGGAAAGACAGGGAAGGAGAAUCUUGUGGCCAAUGAACCUCGGGCGAGCACGAGCCAAUGGACGGCGUCCAUGGAGCGGCCCUCGCAAUCAUCUUCGAACAACCAUCACAACACUUUCAGCUGUCACUCAUCCUCUCAGCCGACAGGAAAGAAGAACCAGAGCUUCAUGGAGAUGCUAAAGUCGGCCAAGAGCACCUCUCAGGAUGAGGAACUGGACGAUGAUGGCGACUUUGUCGUUAAGAAAGAGACCUCCACCGCCAAUAAAGGAGAAUUGAGGAUUAAAGUUGAUGGGCAGAGCUCUGAUCCAAAGGCGAACACCCCUAGAUCAAAGCACUCUGCGACAGAACAACGAAGAAGAAGCAAGAUAAACGAUAGAUUUCAGAUGCUGAGAGGCCUCAUUCCUCAUAGUGACCAAAAGAGGGACAAGGCAUCAUUCUUAUUAGAGGUUGUCGAGUACAUUCAAUUCUUACAGGAAAAGGUACAGAAGUAUGAAGGUUCAUACCAAGAAUGGAAUCAUGAAAUGGCUAAAUUGAUGCCGUUGAGAAACAAUCAACGGAGCGCAGAUGGUUACAACGAUCAAUCGCGAGGGAUAAAUAGUGGGUCUGGUCCUGCUCUAGUUUUUGCAGCAAAAUUAGUUGAGAAAAAUGCCCCUGUAUCUCCAAUUGUUCCUGGGAGUUCACAUAAUGCAGUGGAUUCUGACACAAGUUCUGCUACUACCUUGAAAGCAGUAGAUCACCAUUCUGGAAGAACAUAUAAUGCAGUACCAUCUCCCAUGUCCAUGCCACCAAAACUUUAUGCACCUACAAGAGAUGGAAAUGUAGUGCCUCAACCCCCAAAUCAAUUGUCAUCCGACCCCGAGCACCCCUCAUCACGGCCCCAAAUCUUGUCAUGUCAGGCUAGAUGUUUCAACAGUGAUGUUGCUGUAGCAAGUGAAAUGCAGAAAGAACAGGAUUUGACCAUCGAAGGGGGUACCAUUAACAUCUCAAGCGUAUAUUCUCAAGGGUUGUUAAAUACUCUCACCCACGCACUGCAGAGUUCUGGAGUGGAUCUAUCGCAGGCCAGAAUUUCUGUCCAAAUAGAACUUGGUAAACGAGCAACCAGGACAGUCAUAGCUCCAACAUCAAUUGUUAAGGAUGUUGAUAUUCCCAUUAACGAUAUGGGGACGAUACACUCGAGAGUUUCGGGUACAGAAGAUUCUGAGAGAGCCAGAAAGAAGCUCAAGACUGUCAAAAGCUAGUGUGUGAAUUCCAGUCUUUUCGUGAUCGUUCAUAAUUUUAUUCAUUUUUUGGGGCUCCUCCUUUUUGGGGGCUCCCAUGUGUCUUCCACUGGUUUCAAAACUACACGAUUAUCCAAAAUUGAUGUCCUAGUUCAAUUCAUUUUGUUGGGGAUACCCUGCCCUACACAAUGGUAUGUAACAUUAACCUAAAUUCUUCUUUCUAUUGCUAUAACAUAGGCUUCCAUCAUAACAUUGAGAAGCUGCUUUCUUUUCUAAACUCAUCCAGUUAUGUAAAUUAUAAUCUCUCUUUUAAUCUAAAGCUCUCCAUCCUGCACA